UUACUUCGGAUUCGAUAAGACCGUGAAAGAAAAAUUUUUUGAAUAAAAUUGUGAAUCAGAAAAAAGUGAAAAAAUUAGAAAAUGAUGAAAUUAUUCAUUUUCAUCGCUUUUUUAGCGAUUAAUUGUGGAGUAAAUGCUCAAUAUACGAAAUAUCGCGUUUGUGCCACGAAAGACUUCACCACGCAAUGCAACAUCCUUCAACGCGGAAAUUCUGACGUCACCUGCUCCUACGUUCAAGAUUCCGUCGAAUGUGCGCAACAAAUCUUAAACGCUUCCAUGCCCAACGGCGCUCAUUUCGGUCUUUUUAGCGCUGAAAGUACUUUGCAACUUGCUGCCCUUCGUUGGGAUGAUCUCGUUGUCAUCAAGGAAUCCCGUCACGUGGAUCGCCCGAUCGAUUUGUUCGAAUUCCAAAGCGUUGUUGUCGUCAAAGAUCCCGAUUUCCGCGGCGGUUUAGAUAAUUUGCGAAAUAAAAACUUUUGUCAUCCCGGACUUCAUUAUUCGCGCACCCAAAAAUGGUCUGAACGAGUUUUGAAGGCAUUCGAACGAGCAACUGUCGAUCCGGUUUGUGAUAUUGUGCGAAAUGCGAGCGUUGCGGAAAUUGAAACUGCGUCGUUGUCGCGUUACUUUAACGCUGCAUGUCGUUCGGGCGUUUGGAGUCACGAUCCGGAAGAAGAUGCUUAUUUGAAGAAGACUUAUACGAGAUUGUGCGCCUUGUGUGAUGAUCCCGUCAAUUGCGAAUAUUCCAACAACGCUCUCUGGUCAGAUCAUCGUCGCGCUUUGGAAUGUUUGAAGAAAAACGGGCAUGUCGCUUACGUUUCGCUGUCCGAUUCUUUAAAUUUCUUCAAAGAAAAUGUCGCUACAGCCCCGGAUUAUCGCUAUUUGUGCCCAAAUGGAACCGUAACAGCUGUUAACACGACGUCGCCUUGCGUUUGGGAGAAACAACCGUGGCCCGUUGUGAUGACGAACAAAAACAAAAGCAUCGAACUCAAAACUCUCCUCACAAAUUGGGCAAGCGGGCGUCAAGAAUGGCAAAUUGCUGUCACGGAAAUCCUCACAAACUACGGAAAUCAUCUUUUGGUCGACACAACGAUCCAAACUGCCCGUAAUUCCAUCGUAAAUGCGAGAAAUCUCCCCGAACCAGCCCAAAUUUGCGACAAAAGCAUCAAUUGGUGCACCCAUUCCGACGACGAACAAGAAAAAUGUAAAAUAGCACGUGCAGGUGGCAUCACUUCUGGAUCUUACCCCCAAAUUGAAUGCAAACAGGAAGCCACAAACACCGUCAUCAACUGCUUGAACGAAAUUUCAAAGGGAAAUUCGGAUAUUAUGAGCAUCGACUCGAACUACGGCUUCAUUGCACGAAACAAUUUCAAUCUGACAGCAGCCAUGUACGCCGAAACGGACGAUCAACAUUACAGCAAAGUCGUCGUUUUGAUCAAAGCUAAUUCGCGCAUCAGUAAAUUCAAUGAUUUGAAAGGAAAGAAAGCUUGUUUCCCCGAAUUUGGAGGAAUUGCUUCCAUUGCGUUUGUUGAUGUAGGACGAGGAAGAGGAGUUUUCAAGCAAAAUGAAUGCAAUUAUGGAAGAUUACUUGCUGACUUCUUUGGAGAUUCGUGUGCUCCAGGUGCCAAAAACGUCCUUCACGAUCAAAUUUUUGUCAAAAAAUCCUCUUCUGAUGCCGACAAACUUUGCAAAUUAUGUAAAAAUCAAGCAUCUGAAAGCCGUUUUAUCAUCGAAGAAAACAUUGAAACCUUCUCCGCUGCUCAAAAUCCCAAUGCUCGAGGACAAUUAAUGCAAGUAGAUGAAAAAGAAUCCCGUCCUAAACGUCAAAUCAACAACCAUCAUUGCGCUCCAUCUUCGGAAAAUCGUUACUUUGGAACACGCGGCGCCUUGCAAUGUUUGCAUGAAGUUGGAGAAGUUGCUGUUUUGGAGCUCCGUAAACUCAAGGAAUUCUCAGAAGAGCUAAAAUUAGACCCUCAAGAUUACAAAAUUAUGUGUCGCAAUGGAACAAUUGUACCAACAAACAAUUUCGAAGUUGACACAAAUUGUCCUCUUAUUACGAUGAUCGAUGGGGAAGUCGUCAUUAAACGAAAUUCGCAAAAAACGAAGGAUGUUGUUCAUGUCUUGAGUAGUUUUGAUCGUUACUUUAAUUUGAACCGAAAUCCGGAUUUUAAGAUUUUUGACGCUUUUAACGGGAAGGAAGAUGUUCUUUUUGAGCACUCUACCGUUGGAUUAGUUUCGGCAAAUUCAUCAGAAUUCGGUCCCAGUGUCUUAAAUUACGUUCGAUUAUUCGAAAAUACCGACAAAUGUGUGGAAAAGAAAAAUUCCGGAACACUUGCUUCCAUCAGCAGCAUCGUUUUGCUUCUCUCUGCCUUCAUUUCUGUCGUCAUGCAUUAAAAAUUUUCACAUUUUUUAAUAAAGAAUAUAUUUUUUUACGAUAAUAAAUUCAAUUUUUAACCGAAAUAAGGUUAUUGCAACAAUAAAAAAAUGAGAAAUCGACUUUUAU